AUGUUUAAUGCAGAAGUAAGAAAAAAUCAAGAAAAAUCUUUGUUUUGCAGAGAAGAGAAAACCACUUCAGAGCUAAGUGAUAUCUUUCACGAAUGCCUGGCCACAGCACAUUGCGUGCGUAUAAAUAUAUGCGGAAUUCAUUUUCAUUAUCAGUCUAUUUUCUACUGGUGGGAAAGAGUGACGUAUAAAAUUUUGAAAAUCUUAUUCAAAGGUUUUGACAGCUUCAAAAUGAAGCUGAUCUUAUUAACGGCAUUCGUAAUCAAAUUUACAGUGGAGGCAAACGAACAAUAUUCUUUUGCUCCACAAUUCCACAAACCCAGCCAAGGGAGUUACGGUUCCGAAAGUUCAAUAUUUCUUCCACCAGAAUCCCAUACACCUAUUCCUUACUAUCCAGUAAAAAGUCAGAACAACUUACCAUUCCCCUAUUUACCCCCAACUGGUACUAAAGCUCCUUCAGUGUAUCCUUCCCCAUUCCCAGUGAUUUUAUCCUCAACAUUAAUACCCAUUUUUGAUGACGACGAUGACGAAAAGGAAGACAAGAAAAGGAACAACAAUAAUAUUUCUUCACCCUCACCACACAUAAAUAAUCAAAAGCAAAAUAUAUCAGAAAAUACUGCUAGAGUUCAACAUGCAAUGAGAAGGGAAAUGAGAGCUAAUCCAAAGAUGGGAAAUUACCAUAAUCCUAUUGACAGAAUAGACAUGAGAUUCCAACAGCAAUUUGCUACGGCGCAAACACAACUAAAUCCAGGGAAUCAAACACCAAGAAACUUGAUAAUUGACACUCAUAGAAAUGACAUAUUUGAUCAGAUCAGAUCACCUUCAUCACAAAAUCCUCAUUACGUUGCUGCUCAUGGAUUCACUAUUUCAUCGACUACAGAACCUGCCAUACCGAUUAUUCGUUUGUCAAAUGAAAUGGAUUUAGAUGGAAGUUUUAGCUAUGAAGCACUAGGUGCAGAUCAGACCCACUACGUGCAACAUAGUCACAUGGAAAAUUUGGGCUCUGAUAAACAGGAACAAGUAGUGGAGGGAUCGUAUUCUUAUGUUGGUGACAAUGGACAAACAUAUACCGUUAAUUACAUCGCUGACUCUAAUGGAUUUAGAGCCAGUGGUGACCACUUACCAGUAGCACCACCAAUUCCAGAAAUUAUUCAAAGGGCAAUUCAGUAUAAUUUGGCCGAAGAAGCUAAAAAGCCACCUCAUCUCAGGGGCUGGCAUGAUGAUGAAAAAGACUUUGACUCAAAUGAGAGGGGGCAACAGUUUGCUGCGCCACCACCUAGGAACUUAUUUACUGGGAGAACCCCUGAAGCAUUUUCACACAGUUUUUCUCAAGGAACUAAUAGCGAAAACAAUUUAGCUGCAGCAUCUAGUUCCCAAAUUCCAGUCAAAAGCAACCCCGAAUAUAUAAUUGAUCAAACGAGACCAAAAAAUAAUAACCAAAUAAAUAAUCAAAUUGCACCUCAGAUAACUUUUCUAGCUUCACAAGGAGCUCACGUACCUUCCAUGAAUCAGCAAAGUGCUCAACAGUCAAUAUCUAGGAUAUUUUAUAAUGAUAAAUCUACCAUGCCGCAGCUUAUCAACUACGAUGCUGGCAAUAAAGAAGCUGAGCUAGAAGGUAAUAAAGCUUUGUGGCGGUGGCAGUAUGGUUUGAAUUCUAAUAAUUUUAGUCAAACUCCCGAAAAAAACACAAUAUCCAGGUCCUUUGGAGAAGGCGAUGAUAUUAUGAUUAAUUUCAGUGAUAUGACUCCAGAACAGUACACAAGAAUGUUACAUUCAGAAAUUGGCUCUAACAAUAAGGACAGUGGAACGUCGGCAGUGUAUUCAAAUAAUAAUAACCAGUAUCAUAGAAAUGAUAUUAAAAAUAGCAGCCACAUGACUAAAACUGAGAACUCAGAACAGUCUUAUCAAACCAGUAACUAUUUUUUCCCAUCAGUGAAUAAUGUUAAAACUCCACAGGCUGAAUCACUACCAACAUCGACCACUGUUUCAUAUGCUAACAAUUCUCCAUUGUAUUAUAGUAACAAAGACAGUAGCAAUUUCAUGUCUGAAAGUUAUUCUACAAUCAGUACAUAUGGUAACUUUGGUUCCCAAAGUCAAUCAUAUACAAACCAAAAUGAAUACAAUGAUAUACCCUACGAAUCAAAAAGAACAAGAGCUCUGCAUGUGGAUAGUGAUACAAAAUCGAAUAUUCAAAAUAUGAACACUAUCCCUGUAUCAAACAAUGCAAGCAAAGUAUCUUUUGACUACUGGUCGAGCAUCAAAAUUCCAGAUACUGAACCACAUACCAUUACCCAAGUACCUACUUUUUAUACUUCGACUAAUAUACCAACUUUUUCAAAUUUUUAUGAAGAAAAAAUGGAUUUCAAGCCAAUACAUAAGCCUUUCCAAGAAACCCGUGAAACAACAACAGUUACUCCACAAACAACCACAGAAAAUAUAUUUAAAACAAAUAUUUUCCUCAAAAGCAUUAAUACAAAUUUGAAAAAAUCUGAUAGUUCCAACAUCGAUAAAGGGAAUGAGGGAGAACAAACAAAAACAACGCACAAUAAACCUGUAGAUGAUUCAAAACACAUCAUGCAGAUACCAAAUAAAUUUAGCGCGGAAACAAGAACGGAGACCGCUGAUAAAUACCCCAAAUUCAAUUCAUAUUCAAAAACAGUUAAUGAUGUAAAAUAUUUAAAAGCAAAACCUUUCGAAUUAUCUGACGUCAUAAACUAUAUAACAAAUAAGAAUCUCUUUGAGUCUAGUAAAUUAAAGCCAAAGAUCAAUAAUGUAAACUAUGAUAACUAUGGUCAAAACAACGAAAUGCGUUACGAUAUGUACCAGCAAGAAAAAAAUGAAGACGGCAGUGAUAAAGUUAUACAACGACCCCAUAUUUUCCCACGGUUCAACAGAGAAGAGAGAGAUGAAUUAAGAGGCAUCGUGAAAAAUUACAAAGUGCUGCAACGUAACAAUAAUGCAAAAAAUUUAGAAUCAAACAGCUUCCAUAUUAGAAAAGACAUGACACAACCCUCGAUAAGAACGCUGCAAUCGUCUGGAUUACCUCCCCUGGGACGAGCGGGGCCUUCAAUGAAAACUUAUAUACCACCAAUAUAUGCGUAGUAUAGAGCCACUGUGAUCAAAAUUACUUUUCAUAAAUUUUGUAAAUACUUUUUGGACUGCAUUUAUUAGAAUAAGCGUUUGUUAUACGAUUAGAAAUAUAACAUUAAAAUAGUUUUGUUUGAUAAUGCGUUUGAUCGAAUACUCCCAAUAGAAACUGACUUUGAAAGUAAAUCAAGACUUGCGUGUGCAUCUCCGGCAAAUCAUCUCGCUGUCUGUACUGAAAGCGUGAC